AUGGCGUUGGAACUGGCGGCUCACUCGUUGAUCAGCGAGAAUUUCACUGCCGUGCUUACAGUCAGCAUUGCAUUGGCAUUGGGUCUUAGUCUUCUGCUGAGACGUAGAAACGCGAAGCCUCUGCCUGUCAUCAAUGGCAGAAAACUUUUUGAGUUCACCGACUCGGGGCUGAAGGAGAGGUACAGAACGAGCGCGAAAGAACUUCUGGAAGAAGGAUUGCGCAAGAGUGAUGCAUUCUAUCUUCAAACAGACAAAGGACCUAGACUGGUCCUUGCGAACAGGUAUGCCCGCGAGGUGCAUAAUAACCCACAUUUGAGCAUCUCCAAGGCAAUGGAAGAUGAGCUCCAUUGCAAUAUCCCAGGCAUGGAAGGUUAUAAGGGAAGCUAUUGGCCAGACACCGAAUUUGGCAAUAUUGCAAUCAAGCAAGAUAUCCGCAAGGCAUUAGAGUCAUUGGUCAAGUCUUGGUCGCAGGAGACUACGGCUAUCUUGGACGAAUUCUGGACCACAAAGCCAGAAUGGCACAGCUUGACCGCAAGCCCACUGGUUCUGGACAUGGUCUCCCAGCUCACAGCGCGAAUGCGAUCGGGCCCAGAUCUCGCCAAGAGCACCGCAUGGCGUCGACUGAGCAUUUCUUUCACGGUCCACACGUUCAUCGCGGCGGCUGAUCUGGACGUUUGGCCUUGGUUUCUCCGUCCCAUCGUCCACUGGUUUCUCCCGUCAUGGAAGAGGCUCCGUGCGGACAUCGAAGAGGCUCGCCAGGUAUUUGACGCAGCUGCUGCAAUCCGUUUGGCGGAGAAAGAGGCAGCCAUCGCAAAGGGGGAAAGUCCUCCUGUAUAUGAAGACAUGUUGUACUGGAUGGAGCAGCGUGCGAAGGGAGUUCCUUUUGACACCUGUUUGGCUCAGUUGCUUAUCGCUCAGGCGAUGAUCCACGGGACUGCCGAUCUGACUACUCAAGCUAUCUUUGAUAUAGCCGAGCGACCUGAAUUGAUUGAAGAGCUACGAGCGGAAAUUUUGACUGUCAUUGGCAUUGAAGGUCUGACAAGCGCUUCGCUGAAUAACUUGAAACUGAUGGACAGUGUGAUCAAAGAGAGUCAGCGGCUGAAGCCAAUGUUCUUAGUAACUAUGAAGCGCUACGCAGAAGAAUCCAUUGUUCUUUCUGAUGGUGUUGUGAUCCCAAAGGGAGCCCAGAUCGUGGUGCACUCGCAGAACAUGUGGGAUGAAGAGCACUACUCAAACCCUCUUGAAUUCCAGAGUCAUCGUUUUCUCGAGAGACGCAAGAUUCCUGGACAAGAGGUGGCAUCGCAGCUACACACUACAACGAUCAACCACAUGGGGUUCGGCUUUGGGCGACAUGGUUGCCCCGGCCGCAGUUACGCAUCCGCCAUGAUGAAGAUCUUUCUUUGCCAUAUUCUGCUGAAAUAUGAUAUCAAGCUCAAAGGCGGGCGGCCAGAGAUUGCGCGGGUCGGUGUUUUGCUGAUGGCAAACCACACUGCGCAAAUUGAAGUCCGCAGACGACAGGAGGAAUUAAACAUGGAGGAGUUAUCGGUUUAA